UUUAUGGUACAUGAAAAUUGAGUUAUAAAAAAGGGCAAAAAAACCAUUGAAUCCCAAAGCCAUCCAUAUAGACUGAAACAACAACAAUGGGGGAAGAAGUGAAGCUUCACGGUAUGUGGGCAAGCCCAUUCAGCCGAAGAGUGGAACUAGCACUCAAACUCAAAGCCAUACCCUACCAAUACAUUGAAGAAGAUUUGUCAAACAAGACCCCUUCGCUUCUACGUUAUAAUCCCGUUCAUAAGAAAGUUCCAGUUUUAGUGCACAACGAUAAACCAGUUGCCGAAUCAAUGGUCAUUAUCGAGUACAUGGAUGAGACCUGGGAAAACAACCCCUUUUUGCCUAGGGAUCCUUAUGAAAGAGCAAUGGCUCGCUUCUAUGCUAAAUUCAUUGACGAUAAGCUUUUGCCAACACUGGCGAAGUUGGGUCGAACUGCAGGGAAGGAAAAAGAAGAGACCAUUGAAGAAAUUCAUGAGCAGCUGAAAGUCCUUGAAGAUGAGCUGAAAGGGAAGCAAUUUUUUGGAGGGCAGAGAAUUGGGUACCUUGAUAUUGUUGCAAUGAUUUUAGUGUGGCUUCAUCUUGCAGGAUCGAUUACUGGACAAAAAGUAUUAAGCACUGAGAAAUUUCCACUGAUUUAUGAAUGGAUAGAAAGGGUGAUGAAAAUGGAGGUGGUGAAUGAAUGCUUGAUCCCAGAAGAGAAACGUCAAGAUUGGAUUCAACUCGCCCAAAGAGCCCCCAAAUCUGCUUCCAACUGAUUUAAAAAAUAAUAAGAAUAAC